AAAUCCACUCUUACUAUGAAAAAAUUAGGGUUUUAAAUUUCCUCUCCGUAACCAUCGAUCAAAACGAUGCUCGAGUGUCAAUCAAUGAUGGAGAAAUUAUCACCGUUCAUGGACAUCGCCUCUUUGGAAAUCGAGUCACUACGAAGAAUCAAACGCCCGAAACGCUUCUCUGAAGAAUCCGAAACCGAGACGACUCCUUCAUCAAACGCGGUUUUCGGAUUCCCUCACUUACCAGAAGAACCUAAUCGCGAUUUGGAUCAAAGCGUUUUGUGUAGAAUCCGCGUUCGAUUACCAGAUGGGAGAAGAAUACAGAGAAGUUUCUUAAAGAGUGAAUCUGUUCAGCUUCUUUGGUCGUUUUGUUAUUCGCAGAUUGAUGAAUCUGAGAGAAAGCGUUUUAAAUUGAUUCAAGCGAGUUCUAGAGACAGAGGAUCAGCUUCUUCUUCUUCUUCGUCUUCUUCGUUACCAGGAAUAGAUAAGUAUAACGAAAAGGUGAAGAAUCAGAUACAAGCACUUGUUCGUGUUAUUAAAGUUGCUCGUACCUAUAGAGAUGACAAUGUCCCUUCCCUUAUUGAACAGGGUCUUUAUCUUGGAUCUGUUGCUGCAGCUUGUAACAAGACUGUUUUGCAAUCUUACAAUGUUACACAUAUCUUGACUGUUGCUAGUUCGUUAAGACCAGCUCAUCCUGAUGACUUUGUUUACAAGGUUGUUCGAGUUGUGGAUAAGGAAGACACAAAUUUGGGAAUGUACUUCGAUGAGUGUGUUGAUUUCAUUGAUGAAGCCAAGAGACAAGGCGGUAGUGUUCUUGUUCAUUGCUUUGUUGGCAAAUCACGGAGUGUUACUAUAGUUGUUGCUUACCUCAUGAAGAAACACGGAAUGACCUUAGCUCAAGCAUUGCAACAUGUAAAGAGCAAAAGAUCUGUGGCAAGUCCUAAUGCCGGUUUCAUCAGACAGUUACAAGACCUCGAGAAGUCUAUGCAAGUGAGUGACCAGAGUUUUCCCAUUUGAGGAUGAAAAGCAAGUGGUUGUGGAGGACAAGACAGUUCCAUGUAAAUUACACUUACCUGCAUCUUCUUCUUCUCUCUAUAAUAAAACAGGGAAGCAAGAACCGAUUGCACAAUGUCAGGCGUGAAGAUCGAUCGUAUCUUUGGGAGAAACUUGUAAACCUCACACGAAGCUUCAAAUGUUUUGUUGUUUCUCCUUAACAACUCAAAUCCAAAAACAUGGAAACGAAUAAGGAAUAGAAGUUCUUAUGUUCAUGUUCUUUAUUCGUUUAUGUGUAAAGUUUCAUGAAUGUAAAAAAGUGAACAUAAAUAAAAAUCUGUAAAUUUU